AUCUCACUGCAGGAUCUAUCCGAACCCUCUCCACUCUGCACCAGGGCGCACCGCAGCUCACUCUUUGACAAAAUCACCUGCUCGACAGAAAUCAGGUGGUGCUGAGAAAAUGAGGAGAGGUUUGCUGCUGGUGACUCUGUUCUUCAUCCUGAAACUUCGGCACAGCCAGUCCAGAUGCGAAGAAACUGGAUCGAGCCGAUCAACUUCAGAUACUGCAGGUUUAGAGAACCUUAAGCGGAACAUUAUGAAGAGGUAUAGCGAUUUGGAUUAUGACAGCUUUGUGGGACUGAUGGGCAGAAGAGAUACGGAUGCCAACAUUGUAGAGUCUCCCCAAAAAAGAGAAAUGCAUGACAUAUUUGUUGGUCUUAUGGGGAGGAGGAACUCAGAGCCUGAUAAUGGCCUGAGGAGAGAGAACCAAGAGAGGAGAGGCAUCUUUCUGAACAAGUGCAGACUGAGGUUUCUUCAGGGGCUGUAGACACUGAAACAGUCAUCGACGACGACAAACAAACAAUAAAUCAAGUGUCUGAUGAAAAUGACAAAACCAACAUGAUUCCCACGUGUAAAACUUUCGGCUGUCUCAUGAGAAUGACCA